AAAAACAAUACGUCAAACACACGCACUACACAAAAGCGUGGAGGAGACAAGUAUGAUGAUUUCCCAAAAGCAGCGUGUAGUAGUAUUAGCUAUAGCAACACUCUACCAUACCACCAAUUAAUGCUCUUCUCCUACCUCUUUCUCAUCUCUUUCCUCUUCUUCUCCGCUCUGUCUCGCCAUUUUUAAGCUUACACUUCCACAGACGAGCGAGUGGCUUUAAAAAAAGUGUAUAAUUGUUAUUAUCUGUACUGUAAUUGACCUGUUUAGAUCUUUUUAACCGCAUUUUAUGGAUCUGUAACCCUACCCCACGCGCAUUCUUUUUAUUCUGCUUCUCUCCUAGGGUUUAGUUUAGUCAGCGGUGUUUUGUUUUAGCUAUGCUUUGUAAUGUGAGUGCUUCUGGUGGUGGUAUUAGUAGUACUGCGCAAUGUGAUGGGGAGGUUCGCCGGAACCCUAAGUACAUUAACUUCUUCCGGUGGAUCUCUGACGAGUGUUGUUGUGUUGAGUGGAGUUUGGUUUGAAUUGAUUGGAGAGAGACGAUGGUUCCGUGUUUUACUGCUCUGGUUCUUCUUUGCUUGCUUACGUUUGUUUCUACUUCUUGUUUAGGGCAUCCUUUACUGCAUAUGCAGUUGCGUUCUUCUUCCCAUCCAGGCUGGCACUUAUUUAUGAAGGAACUUUUAAUUGAAAAAGUGAAUGCACAGUUUGCUCGAUCACAGCCACCUCUAAUGCAUGUGGUUUCGCCUUCAUUUGGCCCAUCCACUGCACCUGCAUUCUCUCCAGCUCAUCAAGAAUCUGGCUCCAGUCCUCGCAUUGCCCCCUCACCAAGACGCCGUGGUCAUCAUCACCAUCAUCACCGUGUGAAGCCUAUUAUUGUUGCUCCAUCCCCGUCAGAAGACCAAGGUUGUGAUCAAGUUUGCAUUGAGCCACUUACAGCAGCUCCCUUCGGUUCACCUUGUGGCUGUGUUUUUCCUAUGAAAGUCAGGCUUCUUUUAGAUGUAGCUCCUUAUGCUAUUUUUCCUGUUAUGAAUCAGCUAGAAAUUGAGGUUGCAGCAGGCACAUACUUGGAACAAAGUCAAGUGAAGAUAAUGGGCGCUAGUGCUGAUAGUCAAAAUCAGGGGAAAACUGUAGUAGAUAUAAACUUGGUUCCACUUGGAGAAAAGUUUGAUAAUACCACUGCAAUACUGACAUAUGAUAGAUUUUGGCAUAAAAAGGUGCCUCUAAAUGAGACUCUUUUUGGUGAUUAUGAAGUGGUAGCCAUUAGUUAUCCAGGCAUUCCUUCUUCACCACCCUACCCAGAUUACAUGGGGAGUGGCCCAAGUGGAAGUGCUGGCAAUCUUCCCAUCACUGCAAAUUUUGUGGGCAAAAGCCAGAAGAUGAAUUUUAGAACUAUUGCCAUCAUUGCCUUAUCAGCUUUCGUAGUUUUACUGGUUUUCUUUGUGGCUGUCUUCGUUUUAAUAAGGUGGAGAAAGAUCGGAAGACCAUCAAGUGCUGUUGGUCCUGGAUUUGCAUCUUCUAUAAACAAAAGAUCCGGUAUUGGGUCCUUCCUGUCAAGUAGCAUUGCAAGCUCAAAUUCAAUGUCUCUCAUGUCAACCAUGCCUAUGAGCGUGCUUUCUGUUAAGACAUUUCCAUAUGCUGAGCUUGAGAAAGCAACAGAGAAGUUCAGUUCAAAGAGGCUUUUAGGCGAGGGGGGAUUUGGACGUGUUUACCAUGGCAGUAUGGAAAAUGGAGCUGAAGUUGCAGUUAAACUGCUUACACGUGACAAUCAGAAUGGAGACCGUGACUUUAUUGCAGAAGUUGAAAUGUUGAGCCGCUUGCAUCACCGCAAUCUUGUGAAAUUGAUUGGUAUAUGCAUAGAAGGACGGACACGGUGCUUGGUUUAUGAAGUUGUUCACAAUGGCAGUGUUGAAUCACACUUGCAUGGCUUGGACAAGGAUAAAGGACCUCUUGACUGGGAUGCACGGUUGAAAAUUGCCCUUGGAGCAGCUAGAGGAUUGGCCUAUCUUCAUGAAGAUUCUAAUCCUCGUGUAAUUCAUCGAGAUUUCAAGGCUAGUAAUGUUUUACUUGAAGAUGACUUCACUCCCAAGGUCUCUGAUUUCGGCUUGGCAAGGGAAGCUACUGAAGGAAGCCAUCAUAUUUCUACAAGGGUCAUGGGAACUUUUGGGUAUGUUGCUCCUGAGUAUGCAAUGACAGGGCAUCUGCUUGUCAAGAGUGAUGUAUAUAGUUAUGGGGUUGUAUUACUUGAGCUUCUGUCCGGAAGAAAACCUGUGGACAUGUCACAAUCUCCGGGACAGGAAAAUUUAGUUACCUGGGCACGCCCAUUGCUGACCAGUAGAGAAGGACUGGAGCAGUUGGUGGAUCCUUCUUUGGCCAGAACUUAUGACUUUGAUGACAUGGCUAAAGUGGCGGCCAUCGCUUCAAUGUGUGUCCACCCUGAGGUGACUAACAGACCUUUUAUGGGAGAAGUUGUUCAGGCUUUAAAGCUAAUUUACAAUGACAUGGAAGAAACAUGUGGAGACUACUGCAGUCAAAAGGAGUCAUCCGCUAUAGAUUCCGACUUUAAAGGCGAUCUAGCUCCUUCCGAUAGUAGUUGGUGGAACGCUGGUGGUUUAUCUCCUCGAUUAACCUACGGGCAAGCCUCUUCUUUCAUAACAAUGGAGUACAGUUCAGGUCCACUUGAAGAUAUGGAAAACAGACCGUUUUCAGCUUCAAGUUUUGGCGGUGAUCGGUUGAACUUAGCUAUUAGGCAAGGGAACAGAUCAGGUCCUUUGAGAACAGUGCGAAGUAAACCGUCAUUUUACAGAUUAAGAGGGAGCAUGAGCGAGCAUGGAGGACUCCUUCCGAAACGAAAUUGGAAUGAUGGAUUUUGGGUAUGAAAAUUGUGGAGUGGUUUCAAAGUGUACAGAGCCAGAGGACCAGACUUGUCGUAACGGUCUUUGAUUGAUUGAUUGAUUGAUGUAGUUUAGGAUAUUUGGGGAAAAUCUAUGCGAGUUUAAUACUAUUACUGCUGCUACUAGUACUCCAUGUUUGAAGAGACCCUUCCCUUCUGAUUUUAGAGAAAAUCUGAAUUCAUUGUUUUACACAAAUGCUGGAGAUGUCCAUGUAUUAUAUAGUCGCAUCUGUUUUUAAUUGUUUCUGGUGCUGUAUCAAACUUACAGUGGACUUUUGGCUCCAAUUGUUUGAACUGGAAAUCAAUUCUAAUUCUUAACAAUAUCUUUUAUUAUUA